CAGCCAUGCCUCGCUGUGGCGCUUGACCAUUAUUAACACAAGCGGCGAAGAGCGAGAAGGAACGAGACGGAGAGGGGCCCCCCGACCCGCGGAAACAGCGAAGCUAGAACCAGUACGGAAUAAGCUGAAGACGACGUUGAUUUUGGGUUUUUUAUUUUAUAUAUUUUUUAUUUCCUCCUUGUUGUUGGGCAGAGUGCGCUGGCUGCCUGCGCGACCAUGUUCCGGCCUAUGGAAAUCGCGGUGUGCCCUGCCAGCGAUGUGGACGACGCUGAGCAGUCUUCCCACCGCCGUAGCAGCUCGGUGUGCUCACCGGUAGAGGAGUUCCAGCCGCCACUGCGGCCUAGCCUGGGCUCCCUGGGACGAACGAUUCGCCUGCAGGCCAACUUCUUCCAGGUGGAUAUCCCCAAGGGCUUCCUGCAGCACUACGAGGUGGAGGUGAAACCGGAUAAGUGUCCACGCCGCGUGAACAGGGAGGUGGUGCUUCACAUGGUGCAGCACUACAAGCAGAUUUUCGGCGAACGCAAGCCGGUGUACGACGGGCGCCAGAACCUGUACACGGCAACUCCUCUGCCCAUCGGCUGGGACCGGGUGGAGCUGGAGGUGACCCUGCCGGGCGAGGGGCGCGAUCGCAAGUUCUCGGUGUCGCUGCGCUGGGUGGCCUCGGUGAGCCUGCAGAUGCUGAGCGAGGCGCUGGCCGGGGAGUCGUCGAGCGUCCCCUACGACGCCGUGCUCGCCCUCGACGUCGUCAUGCGCCACCUGCCCUCGAUGAGGUACACGCCGGUGGGACGCUCCUUCUUCUCGGCCCCCGAGGGGUACUGCCACCCGCUGGGCUUCGGCCGCGAGGUCUGGUUCGGAUUCCACCAGUCUGUGCGGCCCGCCAUGUGGAACAUGAUGCUCAAUAUCGACGUGUCGGCGACGGCGUUUUACAAGGCCCAGCCCGUGGUGGAGUUCCUCUGCGAGAUCCUGGGCGUGCACUCCCUCGACGAUCAGCGCAAGCCACUCACCGACUCGCAGCGCGUCGCCUUCACCAAGGAGAUCACAGGGCUGAAGGUGGAGAUCACGCACUGCGGCCAGAUGAAGCGCAAGUACCGCGUCUGCAGCGUCUCGCGCAAGUCCGCCAGCCACCAGACGUUCCCGCUACAGCUGGAGAGCGGGCAGACGGUGGAGUGCUCGGUCGCUCACUACUUCCGGGAGAAGCACAAGCUGCAGUUGCGCUACCCGCACCUGCCGUGCCUGCAGGUCGGCCAGAAGGAGAAGCACACCUACCUGCCCUUGGAGGUGUGCAACAUCGUGCCGGGCCAGCGGUGCAUCCGACGCUUGACGGACAGCCAGACGUCGACCAUGAUCAAGGCGACGGCGCGUUCGGCCCCCGACCGUCAGGAGGAAAUCAGCAAACUGAUGAAAAAUGCAAACUUCAAGGGCGAUCCGUUCAUGCGCGAGUUUGAGAUCCGGGUUCGCGACGACAUGACGGAGGUCACAGGCCGGGUGCUGCCCGCUCCAAUGCUGCAGUACGGUGGCCAGUCAGCAUCAGGACUCGAGACAAAGACCAUGGUGACACCCAACCAGGGCGUGUGGGACAUGCGCGGGAAGCAGUUCUUCACGGGGAUCGAGAUCAAGGUGUGGGCCGUCGCUUGCUUCGCCUCGCAGAGGGACUGCCGCGAGGAGGCGCUCAAGAACUUCACGGAGCAGCUGCGCAAGAUCUCGAAGGAUGCGGGAAUGCCCAUCCAGGGGCAGCCGUGCUUCUGCAAGUACGCGCGUGACGCCGAGAGCGUGGAGCCCAUGUUCCGGCACCUAAAGAACACGUACGCCGGCCUCCAGCUCAUCCUCGUCAUCCUGCCGGGCAAGACGCCCGUCUACGCGGAAGUGAAGCGUGUGGGCGACACGCUGCUGGGCAUGGCGACGCAGUGCGUGCAGAUGAAGAACGUGAUCCGCACGUCGCCGCAGACGCUCUCCAACCUCUGCCUCAAGAUCAACGUGAAGCUCGGCGGGGUCAACAACAUCCUCGUGCCGCACCAGAGGCCGGCCGUCUUCCAGCAGCCAGUGAUCUUUCUGGGCGCCGAUGUCACCCACCCGCCGGCGGGCGACGGGAAGAAGCCGUCCAUCGCUGCCGUGGUGGGCAGCAUGGACGCGCACCCGAGCCGCUACUGCGCCACGGUGCGGGUGCAGCAGCACCGGCAGGAGGUGAUCCAGGACCUGUCGCUUGUGGCGCGCGAGCUGCUCAUCCAGUUCUACAAGUCGACGCACUUCAAGCCCACCAAGAUCAUCUACUACCGCGACGGCGUGUCCGAGGGACAGUUCCAGCAGGUCCUGCACCACGAGCUGCUGGCGAUCCGCGAGGCGUGCAUCCGCCUAGAGGAGGACUACCAGCCCGGCAUCACCUUCAUCGCCGUGCAGAAGCGCCACCACACGCGCCUCUUCUGCUCCGACAAGACCGAGCGGAUCGGGAAGAGCGGGAACAUCCCUGCGGGUACCACCGUGGACACGAAGAUCACCCACCCUACGCAGUUCGACUUCUACCUGUGCAGCCACGCAGGCAUCCAGGGCACGAGCCGCCCCUCCCACUACCACGUGCUGUGGGACGACAACCGCUUCUCUGCGGACGAGCUGCAGGUGCUCACCUACCAGCUGUGCCACACGUACGUGCGCUGCACGCGCUCCGUCUCCAUCCCCGCGCCAGCCUACUACGCCCACCUGGUCGCGUACCGGGCACGCUACCACCUGGUGGAGAAGGAGCACGACAGUGGAGAGGGCAGCCACAUCUCAGGACAGAGCAAUGGACGCGACUCGCUGGCGCUCGCGAAGGCCGUGCAGGUUCACCAGGAUGCGCUGCGCACCAUGUACUUCGCCUGAUGUGGAGCUCCUCCAAUCGGGACGC